AUGUCCCCCCAGUCUCAGAGGACUCUAAGAUGCUGCUCUCCUUAUGGUCUGUCCCCAGCCAAGGCUCUGGCUUCGGUGGCCGUGUACUAUGAAAGUGUCCCUCGAACUAGUGCUGGGCUGCCUGCGCUCCCGAGUGGCAGCAUGAGUUCCAGCCUUCAGGCCUAUGAAGAAGCCUCCCUCCAGUCUGUGCCGAAUACCCUGCUGGAGAAGCCAUCACAGCUCCUUAGUGGACCUGGGGAUUCUGGCAGCUUCAAGCUGGAUACCCCUUUGAAGGGCUGGCAGGCCAGGAAUGGCCACCCCAGGGGCCUGGUGGCCCUGCCUUUGGGGCCUCCUCCCUUCUCAACCCUCCCCUCGCUGGAGUCGGAGGCCAGCAGUGUGGUCCGGGACACCAUCCAGAUCAAGGACAAGCUCAAGAAGAGGAGGCUGUCAGAGGGCUUGGCAGCAUCCUCCCGAGCCUCUCUGGAUUCUGGGGGAGGCCUCAAAGGAGCUCCCCUGAGGAGUGCUGUCCCCCACGCCACCUCUCAGAAACUGCUGAGGGUGCCCAGGCCGAUGCCGCCCAUCCAGAGCAUCCCUACCACCCCUGAGGCUGGUGGAGCCAAGGAGAAGGGCCUGGACCCACCCAGAAGUAGCCAGGGUCCCCAGGAGCUGAGACCUGGUGCCCAAGAGGUACAGAUCUCCCCACAAUACCUGCACUGCAGUGAUGAGAAGAUGCGGAAGUCUCUGGGAGGCAUUGUGAUUCCGCCCAUCCCCAAGGCCCAGCUGCCUGCUCAGACCUCCUCUGGUGCAUCCUGCUGCCUUCCCAACCCCUUGCCUCCAGGCCAGGACAUCCUCACGGCUCUGAGGGCCCCACAUACACGAUUGGUUCGGGACAGUGUGCCUCAGGAGAAGAUCCCUAAAUCUCUGGAGCCAAGACUGUCAGCCCCAGUGGUCAGAGACAGGUCUGCCGCUGCUGAGAAGCCUGCUCUGCCUUCAUCUCAGUCUGCUCCUACGCUGACAGCCUUCUCCUUCAGCCAUGCCAAAGAAGCCCCUCCUUUGCUAAAAGAAGAGGAUCAGAAGGAGAGCAGCACCAAGAUCCAAGUCACCAUCUCCAAGUCUGCCCAGGAGAAGAUGCGGCUGAAGCAGAUGAAGGAAAUAGAGUUGUUUCGGAGGGCAAAGGAGCCAGAGCAGGCAAGGGAGCUUGCUGCCCAGAGCCUGGGCUCCCGGAGAGCCUUGAUGAAGGAAGGCCUCCUUCCUCUCCGGGGCAGCGGGACCCAGUCUGUGCCCACUGGGCUUAGCAGCACACGCAGAAACAACAUCGGCAUCAUCCCGAGGAAGCGGGCCAACCGAUCCUCACUCCCCAGCAUCUCCAUCAGCAAGCAGGAGCCCAGCUUUGCCCGCCAUGCUUCAGCUAACUCAUUACCUGCGGUGCUCACUUUGGGGUCUCCUGAAUGGGAAGAAGAGGAGGAAGAGUUGGAUCUUAGAGCCUUUAAAGAGUUGAGGCCUUUCUCGAACCCAGAACUGGAGUUGACGGAUGCCCUACAGUGCCUCAACAGCAGCGACUGGCAGAUGAAAGAGAAGGGCCUGGUGAGCAUCCAGCGCCUGGCGGCUUGCCACUCGGAGGUCCUCGCUGGGAGGCUGCAUGAUGUGUCCUUGGCCGUCACCGGCGAGGUCACCAACCUCCGCUCCAAGGUGUCCCGCCUGGCCAUCAGCACCCUGGGAGACCUCUUCCAGGCCUUGAAGAAGAACAUGGACCAGGAGGCCGAGGAGAUCGCCCGCUGCUUGCUCCAGAAGAUGGGUAACACCAGCGAGUUCAUCCAGAGAGCAGCUAACCGGUCGCUGGGGGCCAUGGUGGAGCAUGUGACCCCUGCCCGCUCCCUAGUGGCCCUCACCACAGCUGGCAUCUACCACCGAAACCCUUCAGUCCGGAAAUGUACUGCUGAGCACCUCUCAACUGUCUUGGAGAACAUUGGCGCCGAGAAGCUUCUCUCUGGCACCAGGGACAGCACAGACAUGCUGGUGCACAACUUGGUGAGGCUGGCCCAGGACUCCAACCAGGACACCAGGUUUUAUGGCCGGAAGAUGGUGAAUAUCUUGAUGUCCAACACAAAGUUUGAUGCAUUUCUGAAGCAGUCCCUGCCAUCUCAUGACUUGCGGAAGGUCAUGGUGGCCAUUAAACAGAAGGGAAUAGAAGGUAAUGAUGAACUUCCAUCUGCCAAAGGCUGCAAGGUGUCGAGGAGUCUGGUGGUGUGUGAGGACGGGCUGCCUGAGGAGAGACCUGGCUUCAACGGCCCACGGCUGAUGGGGUUGCGUUCCUCCAUGCGGUGUGGCGUGGAAAUGGUGGAGCAGCUGCGGCAGUUGAUGCAUCUGCUAGAGGCCAAGGAAUAUCAGUCUCGGAUGGAAGGUGUGGGGCAGCUCCUUGGGCACUGUAAGACCAAGCCAGAGCUCAUCACUGCCAACCUGGUCCAGGUCUUUGAUGCUUUCACCCCAAGGCUUCAGGAUUCCAACAAGAAAGUGAACCAGUGUGCACUGGAGUCUCUCGCCAAGAUGAUUCCCCUCCUUAAAGAGAGCUUACACCCCAUGCUGCUCUCCAUCAUCGUCGCUGUUGCAGACAACCUCAACUCCAAGAACUCGGGGGUUUACGCCGCUGCUGCAGCUGCUUUGGAUGCAAUGAUCGAGAGCCUGGACAACCUGUGCCUCCUGCAAGCAUUUGCUGGGCGGGUGCGUUUCCUGAGUGGCCGUGCAAUGCUUGAUGUCACAGAACGUCUGUCAGUGCUGGUGACCUCGGUUUACCCACAGAAGCCUCAGGCCGUGGAGCGCCAUGUCCUUCCCGUCCUUUGGUAUUUCCUGAACAACAUGACUGGGAAUGGUGUCCUGCCUGGGCGUAGCGGGAACGUGCGCAUGGCUGUGAGCCGGCUGUCCCGGAGCCUCCAGGAGCACAUGGGCCCCCGGCUGCAGGAAUUUGCUGCUGGCCAGCCAAAGCACGCCCUCACAAUGCUGCAAGACCUCCUAGACAUGGAACCCCUGUGAGACAACCUCCAAGUCACCGACAGAGUGGCUCCCUACUGCAACACAGCUGGCAGCUCAUGCCCCUUUCCGCUGGAUGGAAGACAGAUCUGAAAUGGGCAUUCAAUUUUUAAUUUUAUUUUUAUGAUGGAUUAAUCUCCUAGUGUAUGUUCCCGUAGAAUUUCAGAUGUACAUAGUCUAUUUUGA